AAACGGAGGGAGGAGGGAGGGGGAAACGGCGUAUGCUUGUAUACAACCCUGAUUUCCAUUUUUUUCCCAACUCGUAAUGUAUUUAAUUCAAGUGAAACGUAAUCAUGACGUGUCGUGUCAUUAAUCUCCUCGCCGCCUCUCCCAAGACUAAAGGAGGAGGCUGCCACAGACGUGUGACUCCCCUCAGCCAAGAUACUGAAGAAUGGCAUAGCAGCACACACACUGCUGAGAAUGGACUCUCCGCCAGAGUGUGUGUUGGCUCUCUCCUGUGAGCAGCCCCAGUCUCCCCCGACACUGCCGUCCCUGGACCACAGUCCGCAGGCCUCCUCUCCUCACACCCAGCUCUCUCUUCCUGACAGCCCCCUUGUUCUGCCCCUUCACAGCCCCGAACCUUCCCGUCGCAGCCCAGACACCACGCCGUACUUCCCCCUCUCUCCCUUCCCCCUCCACCAGGACACCAACAACCACCACGAUGAAGACGAGGAGGAAGGGCUGGAGGGAGUCCCUCCGUCCCCGACUCCGGCUGUGGCUCUGUUCCCAGGAGGAGGGGGGCAGGAAGCUGGCUGCAGCCCCGGAUUGGAGAGCUCUCCCCCGGCCACGCCAUCGGCUCCACUCCUCGGGUUUGGAGCUCUGGAGCUGGCCCUCUCCUCAGGGCAGAGCGGAAGCUGCAAUGAUGAACUGGACCUCCAGCUGUUCCAGAAGGAUACCGCUACCGGGGCAAUGCCUGGAGUGGGAGGAGCCUCCUCAGGGCCUGCACUCAGGUUUCCCUGUCAUGUGUGUGGGAAGAGAUUUCGGUUCCAAAGUAUUUUGUCCCUCCAUGCGCGGGCUCACAGUCUGGACCGCCGAGCUUCGGCCCUGUACCAGACAGGGCUCCCUUCAGCCCCGCUACAGCAGCACCUCAAGGUCCAACAGAACCACAAAGACAUAAUCCAGAACCACAGAAGCCACCAGAACCAGCGUCCACUGCCGGGGACUCUUAUCCAGCAUCUCAAAGAAGAGGAGGAAGAAGACGGUGAGGUCCAAGGUUUACAUGAGAGUCUACAGACAGACCAGAGCCCAAACUUCCUACUGGAUGAAAGUACACCCUUGACUCCUCCGCUGACCGAGGACCCCAUGACUGUGAUCUCUCCUUAUUCCUCUGGCGCUCCUACCAUCGGGGAGUCAGCCUCUUCUACCACAGCACCCACGUUUCGCUGCCAUGCCUGCAAAGGAAAAUUCCGCACGGCCUCAGAGCUGGCACGCCACGUCCGCAUUCUCCACAACCCCUACAAAUGCACGCUGUGCCCCUUCUCUGCCAGCCAAGAGGAGAGCCUGGCAUCUCACCUGCAGGAGUGCCACCCUUCCCCUGAGGCACCUUCACUGCCACCUGCCUACAGUUCCAGGCCCAUCAUCGCGACCCCUGACACUCCUGUGCCUACCCCGACCCCUACCCCGACCCCAACUCCCAACACACCCCAGAUGGCGUCAGCGACAGCCGUGGCCGUGUCCUCCUCACUACCGGCAUUUCGCUGUGACACUUGUGGUCAGCGCUUCACCCAGUCUUGGUUUCUGAAGGGCCAUAUGCGCAAGCACAAGGACUCACUGGACCAUAAGUGCCAGGUAUGUGGCCGCGGCUUCAAGGAACCAUGGUUUCUUAAGAACCACAUGAAAGUCCAUCUAAACAAGCUUGGGUUGAAGGCUGGGCUGGGUGCUCUAGGGGUACCAGCGGGUGCUGAGCAGCAGGCUAAAGGCUCUACAAGCAGCCAAUCUCUCAAUGCCCUUUAUUCCAGCCUCCUACUGGCCCAGCGAGGAGGAGGAGGAAGAGGGGGACGAGGAAGAUCAGAGAGAGAUUCUGGAAACCGCGGGGGGAUGGGCUCUACAAAGUCAGCUAUACUGGGAUACCUGGGGUUGCCUAGUGAUGGGGGCGGGGCAAGCUGUAUGGAGAGGCUCCAGGCAGUGGCUCAGGUGGCAGAGAUGGGAAAUGGUAGUGGUGGCGUUGGAGCAGGGGACACAAGCAGAGCAGGAGGAGGAGGAACUAGAGGAGGGGGAGCAGGGGAAGUUACAGCAUCGGUGUCUGAUGGAGGGGACCAGGCAGCCAUGUGGCAGCUGGUAGCUCGCAGUCUGGUGGCAGCUCAGCAGCAGCAGAGACCCAUGCAGCGAGGCCAGCAACAGGGCCAGCGCGGCCCAGGUCGGAGCUCUGUAAUCACAGAGGCCGAUCAAGUCAGGGCCUACCUCGGAGGCAUGGAUCUGAGAGAGGAGGCCACCGUCUCUGGAGGUGCCGCGGGUGGAGGAGGGCCAUGGGAAUGCCCUGACUGUGGAAAGCUAUUCCGAAGCCUGCAGCAGGUGGUGAUUCAUGCUCGUGUUCACACUCAGAGGCCGCAGAAAGGAGGUGGCAUUGAGGAGGAAGGGAGUGGUAGUCGUAGAGGGGUGGGGUUGGGGAGAGGAGGUAACAGUGAAGUGAGACAGGAGUCCAAAGUGCACAGUGCUGGAACACAACAAGCUGGAGCAGCUGCAGGAUUUCACUCUGUCAUCUCAAGUUUCCAAGGAGAGAAUGGUUUGACAGCAGUUUCCUCCGUACCUUCAGUUCCCACCAGGGAGCGUGUCCGUGGUUCGGGAGUGAAAGACUGCCCUUACUGCGGUAAAGCCUUUCGCUCAUCACACCACCUCAAAGUGCACCUGAGAGUUCACACAGGUGAGAGACCCUACAAAUGCCCCCACUGUGACUAUGCGGGUACCCAGUCGGGCUCACUGAAAUACCACCUUCAACGGCACCACCGGGAGCAACGUAACGCUCUGUCAGUCUCCAACACCUCCUCAUCCAGUCUCACCUCCACUAUCAACACCCUGAGCUCUGGAACCUCUGGACUGGUCAAGCAGCGUCGAACCCAGUUGCUCAACCACUGCCCCGUCUCCCGAGGUCCGACGGAGACUUCCUCCUCCAGGCCUAGCCAGCAGCCUUGGCUCCUUGGGCUUCCAGACCAACGAGAGCAUCAGAAGGCCUUGGCAGCUCUGAGGGAUGUUGACUUGGAGACCCAGUACAGGUAUCUAUCUGGGGUGAUGGGGGCGCUCUACCAAGGAGGGAUGGAGGGAGGCUGGAUCAGGGGGACAUCUUCCCUGAAGGCCCCCAAAGUGUCCCGUCGCAAGCCCCUCACCACCAGCCGAAUGGUCCAACCGUCCAAUGGAAGCAGCAAGGAAGGGUCUGCGUCCUCCACCCAAGAGGGCGGAUUUGAACCCCUGGAUCUGUCCCGGCGUCCCUCACCUGGCCUUGGAGGGAUGGAGGAGGAUGGAUUUGGAAGUGUUGGGGAAGGAGAAGGUGCUGUUAGUGGUGGUGGUGGUGGAGGGGACGGAGCAUCAGGGGUCACCCUGAGCCAGUGUUUGUUCUGCCCUUUCCGCACCUCCUCGGCAGAGCUGAUGGCCAUGCAUCUUCAGGUCAACCACACCAGUAAGUCCAGGCGCAAAAGAGGCUCUUCAGCCAUUUUGGACGAUGAUGGGCCUCCAAAGCCCACCCAAUCCCGGAUCGAUCACUCAGACCCUGACUCAUUGGCAGUAUGGAGGUAUGUGAGUGGGGCUGAGUCCCAGACACCCCUUGGUGAAUGGGCCUUGCCCCAAAACCAAACCCACAAUGGGCUCACUGAAGAUGUGGCCAACCAGCUUGAAAGUAGCCCUGAUGACCAAGCCUCAAGCUUGGCCUCAGCAUCUGUGGAUAUAAGAGACUGUCUUUCACUCAAGGAUAAGAUAGAGGAGGGUGAUGAAGAGCCAGAGCAAGAGGAGGAAGUGGAGGAGGAUUUGGAGGCAGUGGGGGAGAACAGCAGUCUAGAAGAUUCACCAGGGCAGGAACAAGAUCUGAGGAUGUCCCUCGCUCUGUCACCAGCCCUGAGCUCUGACCACAUGGAUAGAGAAGAGGAAGGAGUCUUAGCAGAUUAAGAAUGUUGUAGGAUGACAACAUAUGAACCAGGGAGAGGGGCUUAAAGUUUUCAACAAUGCUUGAGAAAGUGAAGAAAGUACUGAGGAACAGAGAGAGAAAAGGGCCUGAAAGCCAGAUGAAUAGUCCCCCCUUUAUGCUCUCAGUGUUUCUGGUCAUCUGUGAAGAUUUUUGACUCCUGAUGUGUCAGGGCUUAAAACUGGGGAUGGAGGGUAUUGAAAAGAACUUAAAAAAAAUCUCAUGUGAAAGCAACUGUUUAUUUUAUUCCCUCUGGCAACAGCUGUCUACUUCAGCCAUGACAGUGUGGUCCUCUGAUCCACUAACUUCCUCUACAAAACAAUAUGGAUGCAUCUUUUCAGGAUUACUUAGGCCUUCUUGCUACGCCAUCUUUCCAAUCAAUCUUCACCCCAAGACAGCUAAUUUUAAAUGUAAGACGACCAUCUGUGUGAUUAAUGAAACAAACAUGUACAAGAUCUAGGGCAGACACACCGUCAUUCCAGAGAUGAGCAUUUAUCACGCACUACUAAUUUAUAUCUCAGACUACUGUAGUGAGAAAGUCAAAGCCAGCUGUGAAGAGAUGCCCUCAUGACUGAAAAUGGACCAAACUUUGACAACAGUUUGAUUCCCCUACACGUUAAGCUCUGGUCAAGAUCCGAGAUAAAAACGAGGAAGGCAUUUGUCAAGGAAAGUUUCAAGCUGUGAACCUCAGCUAAGCUAAUCAGUGUUCUCUGAAAGCAUGAGACAGACGGCCAUCACAAACAGUGUGAUCCUGAUAAUGAUUCCCUAUAGUGUAAAUCACUGCCUUGUAUGUGUGAAUUGUACCUACAAGAUUGUCCUAGGGAAAAAGAGAAAGAAAAGUUUGUAAUUUUUUUCGUUUUGUUUUUAUCGGUUAGUGCCUGUUAAUGUAUGUCGUCAAGAGAGUCUCUAUGCUUGCGCCUCGAGGCUCUGAUAGGUCACUCAUUUUAUCUGAAUAUACAGUUUAAAAAGAUAUAAGUAUAUUUGUUAAAAUGGUUCUAGGGUGUUGUGAAUAGUUAAGUUGUAAAAGAAACGCUACGUUGCUGGCGUGAGACGUCCUCAACACAGACCGCCGCCGUUUGUGGCUCAGCCUGAAAAAAAGAAAACUAGCAGCAAAACACUACAAUAUACAUAUAAUGUGACGAAAGAGGUCAAAGGUUGAGAGAUAAAGGGAGGAUAAAGUUUAAAAUUCAGUGUUUACAGUGGCAGGACAUGCCGGUUGGGUUGCCGUGGCGACUCAAAGUCAUCGUAGACGCGUGGAAAAGGAAGAAACACAGAGCAGAAGUCUGUUUGGGGCUGUGGGGAUGUCGCUCGAACCCCGAACACAAUCAGCGGACGCAUCUGUUAAAGACUUUGCGACUGUGUGUCAAAAAAAAAAAAAGAACACUUUCAUUAUUUCUCCUUAAUAAGUAAGAGAGAAGACGUGAGGAAGAAAAUGGAAAAGAAAGGAGUAUCCCUGCCAAAUGGGACUAAAUCUGAGAAACAAACCGUACUCUUGGGGUAUGGUGUCUUUUAGAUGAGUAGAUUCCCUCUCUUCUUCUUUUUUUAUAAGAAAAGAAAAGACAAUGGUAGGAGUAAUUAUUAAAACACUAACAAAUGCAUAGACAUCCCAGUAGAAUAUGUGUAGCUUUUGUAAAGACAAGAAAGAAAAAAAAAGCAGAAAAAGACUUUUUAUGUUUAUUUUCAUUUCGAGAUGCUUACGGAAAAAGGUAAUGAAUAUAGGUAAUAUUGAUUAUAAUGUUUGUGAGUUAAGACUAGUUGGAAUGUCUAUACAGAGCACUGUGCAAGGUUUGAGUUCCCAAAGUAGUUGUUUUUAUUUUGACGUUAUCGAUAGACCAAACUUUUUUCAACUGAAAUUGUCACUUUCUGUUGUUGUUCUGAGUGUAAAGCUGUGGUUUCAAUCCAUUCGCCCCAAUCAAAUCAGCAAAUCAGUUCAGCAACAAUUCAAUCUGUCGAUCAGAAUUGGUUCGGAAAAGAAAGUCACCAAUGUAAAUCUUACUCACAAACCAUCGUUUUUUGUCGACACAUCAUCAGCACAACCUGUUGCCACGUGUUAACAUUGAAAGUGGCGUGUCAUGCACUCGUGGUUUAAAGGCAUGUUUGCAAAACUAAAUGUGAUCUGUGACUGUCAUGUAACCUGACUGGACUGGUUAACAGCCGCCAUCUAUCCUCCCAGCCUAUUGUUUGAUGGGGUAGCCAAUGGUUGCAGCUGCUGCCUUAUGCAUUUCCUUAAUGUGCAUUAAUGUGUUUCAGUUCCUCUUUAGAGCACCUUAUGAGUUUUGUAGUGAAAGUCCCUUAGUGGUGUCUCCUUAACAACUACUGUCAAUGCCACCGUGCCUUCUGUUUCAAGCACUUCCUGGUGUAUUUUGUAAAACUCACCAAAAGCACUUAGCCUAUAUCUACACACACUCUCUUUCUCUCUCUCUCUCUCUCUCUCUCUGUAUCCUUCUGCCUCCCCUCCUAUUCACCAUCUCCAUUUAUUUCCUCCCCACCCACUCCGUCUUCACCUCAACCCAUUUUCCUAAUCUUUUUCUUGUGUUUUACCUCCUGACCUCCUCCAGGGAAAAGCAGUUUUUACGCCAGAUUUCUCUCCUACUAUUCAGGCCAUUUGGCCUUAAACAAGGUCACCAGGCCUUAUUACAUUCUAGCCUAGCUAGAGGCUUGCAACAAGGGACUGUUUAACCCUUAGACAAGUGAAAAUCACUAUAGAUGUAGAGUAAGACUGCUUUCGGUCUUAUUACUAACCCUUGGUAAACCAAAGCCCGAGUCGAAGACUGAAUAAUAUUGUAUUUAAUCUCAUGAGGUGCCAAAACAUGUCCGUGGUGACACUAAAACACGUAUCAACUUGAGAAAACACAAUUAUUCACCUGUUCUCUCACCUUCCUCCUCUGUUUAAUUUUAUUUUUCAUCCUUUUUCUCUCUCCAACCUGUCUCGCUCCUCCUCUUCCUCUCUUCUCUCCCUUCUUCUUCUCCCUCUUCUUCUUCUCUCUGUCUCUCAUGCUUGCUCGUCCUCCGCGUCCCUCUCCUGUCCGUAAACUGUCUCUCUAUCUCUAACACCACUUGAAGGUGACGUGUACUAUCUGGUAUUGAGGCCUUUAUUAGAAUUUUAUUUCAGUUUGUGUGGUGUUCGUUCAAUGCCGUUGAGAUGGAAAAAUGCUCUUCUUAUAAUGAUAAUUAUUAUUGUUUUGGCAUUAUUGGAAAAAAAAAAAAAACAAACACAAAAAAAC